AGAUACUUCUGUCUAUGCAUCCGGCUAUGUUGGAAGUACUGACUCCGCCAUUGAGGCUGGAUAAAAUUGAAGCUCAAAAUGUAUUAAAACUAAGCCAGUCUUAAAAAGGAGGCAUUCUGCGUUCGUUCUCAAAGAGGUAAGACCAUUCUCAUAGGCUAUAUUCAAAUAUAAAACUAUGACAACUUCACUUUAUAGAUACACAUAUACAAAAAUUUCAUGGUAGGCCUAUAAAAAUCUAUUUUUAGUUUUUUAUUAACAAAAACAUCGACGACUGCUACUGCCAGACUGGACCAUCCAAGUCAUAACUUCGUCAUAAGCUCAACAUUCUACGCACUGUGUUCGUAAGGGACUAUACAAAUUUAAAUGAUUGUAUAUAUAAGAUCUGAUCCGAGAAUAAAGCCAUUACUUUUGCUAUUAAAAAUUAUGUAGGCUAGACUAGGAGGCUGUUUAAGUUAAGUCACUGUAAGUUGUGACUGUAACUGUAAGUGUAAGUCUGUAAGUGUAAGUUAGUAACUGUAAGUAAGAAUCUUAGUGGUUCUUAGUAAUCUUAGUGAGCUUAGUUAGAGUUAGAGACGUAGACCUAGUGAAGUUAGUGUUAAGUUAGUACUUGAGUUAGUCCUACUUAGACUUAGUUUGUUUUUUUUUUUUUAAAUUUAAGGAUUGGACAAAAAUUAUGCAUUGUCAGUGUGACUCGAGCUUUUAGUUUUAGUCAAAUUCAUUUCAAAUCUACUUCUAGUGAAUGCUUCUCAGGACUUCUGAAUUGUCAAUUGGAGAAUAACUAAGACUAAAAAGUAAUUACCAGUGAGGAUGAGUGACUGGGACUGAAACAAAACAUAUUAUAUUAUUAUUAUGCCUAAUAACGUUUAUUGUAGGCCUAUAGUCCUAUAACUAUAGUGUUUUGCCUUACUUAAUAAAUAUGCUAUUUUAUAGCCUAUUUUACAGCUUAAGCGUAAGCUAAUGAAAUUACAUUGAUUUUAGAUUUUAGAAUUAGGUGACAUCUUGCUUGAGACACUCAUCAGUGUGUAUGUAUUUAUUUAUUAGGUUCCUAUUCAUUACAACAUUAUAGGAGGCCUGUAGAAUCUCCUAGGCCUAGGGCAGCCUAAGCUUAAUCUUAAUGUGUCUUAGCUUACUAUUCGCUCUAUUCGUAUAGGCAUAGGCUAAAUAAUAAAAAGUACUAAGUUAACAAAGGGCCAUCCAUAAAUGGCAUCACACUAUCAUUCUAUCAUCCUAUGUGAGCAGAUUUUGGCCCUCCCUCCCCACAAAAUCACAUUAUUGAUCAUCACAAAUUGGUCACACAAUUCAGUGUGCAGAAUACCUUCUUAACAUAUGCAUAACAUAUUCACAUUUGUGUGUGUGUGUGUGUGGGGGGACACACCCCCAGCCCCUUUUUUGUGUUUUGUUUUGACGAGUGACAAGGAUGGAUUUAGACUAUAAAUUAGUAGCUAGUAGACUAACAUUAGUUAAUCUCACACUCUGUGAUCAGUUGGGAGUGUGGAUUAAUUUUUAAAUGUUUAAGAAGCGAUUGACUAAAAUUAAUAAACGGAAAGAGAGUUAGCUUAGAUAAGGGAUAAACCUUAUUAAAAUUGUAAAUAAGUUAUAAAAAAUAAUCUUUGACAACUGACUCUUGUACACUUUCAUUCAGUUGACUCAGGCCCAGGCUAAGGCAUAUCUUGGACUUGCACCACCUUGGGUUCAGUUCAAGGAGACAGAAGUAAGUGAAAGAUUUUUACAAAACAAUAUGUCAUUAUGAAUGAUUAUGACUGGCCACUAUACAUAAAUUGUGACGUAGCUUCAGUUUACAAAAAUAAAAUUAGGAAUUUGAAUGAAUGCAUUGCCUUAUUAUUUUCUUUGACUUUCAACGGAGUCAAAAUAAAAAAGAGAGGAAAAAAAAUCUUGGAAAUGAAAUAUAAUUAGGUCUUGAUGCAAAUCAUUAAUCAUUAAAAACUACAAGUUUCCUUUAAGUAUUAUAUUAAUACUUAUAUCAAAAGAAGUUGAAUAUUGAUAAAAAGAAGAAAUUUAAACAGAGGGAAAUUUUUUGGGUAAAUCAGGAAAUACAUGUUAAGCUUUAUAUAUGUAUAUAAGGUUUUGGAAUCAUUGUUACACCCUUAGUGCUUGUUAGUCAAAUAUUUUGUAUUGUUGGCUAAUAAGAUGAAUAUGAGUUUAAUUAAAUCAAUUUUAACUUGAAAUUAACGUUUUCCCAGAAAGCUAAAAAUGCCUGUAACGAGGAACCAGUUGAAUGCAGUUAAUGCAGUAAAGCCCAGCAGUGGUAGCCCAGAAGAUAGUGGGUCCAAAGAAAGCUCAGAGAGAGAUGAGACCACUAGUGAAGCUGAACCACAUAGACGAGAGUCACCUGACAAUUGCUCUAUCUGUCUUGGACCAUUUAACAACAAGUCAUUUACUAGUAGCUGUGCUCACUCGUUCUGUUUUGUAUGUUUAAAGCAGUGGUCAAAGGUUAAAGCAGAGUGUCCUUUAUGCAAGCAACCAUUUACCAGCAUCUUUCAUAACAUACGAUCUGAUCAGAGUUAUGACAUUUAUGAGCUUCCACCAGUAAACCCUCCACAUCCAAGUGACUAUAGUUUUUACAACUAUUUCCCGAGGAGUCUGUUCACGACACCGACUCAUCAUUACAUUAGUUUAACCAGACCUGGGUUGGAUGCUGAUCUAACACUCAGUAACUUUAGCAGGUUCCAGUUUCGUCAUCGUCGUUAUGAUAGAUAUCUUCAACCGCAGCAUCCUGUUCACGGAGAGCAUCAAUAUUCUUACACAAGCUCCUCUUUUAAUGCAGCAAAUCAUGUAUCUGCUGUUUCUUGGGCCAGGGGUCCAGAGGACUUCCGUCGGGAAGUGUACAGGCAUAAUCUUGGCCCACCAUUUCUCAUACUUGGUACAGAGAACAGCACUUAUCGUCUAACUCCAGCUAUGGUUGCAGCCAGUUCCCACAGGUUGCAACGUAUAAUGCCUUGGCUGACAAGGGAGCUCAAAGUUCUUCUCAAAAGCCAUCAGAAUGUUAGACUUGCCAUUAGUAUUAUUCAACCUUUGCUUACUCAGGUGACUAUUGACAGUACUCAUUUUAGUGAGAAGGUAUCACCAUUACUUGGUAGGAAGUCUCGACAUUUUAUUCAAGAAUUUGUGGCCUUCACAAAUAGUGCAUUGACAAUGCAAGCUUUUGAUAGAAAAGCAAUGUAUCACCGUCGAGAUACUACCGCAGCUUUUACUGAAAAUACAUCCUCGAGCAGCAGCGGAGAUGAUGAUGAUGUGGUUGAAAUCACAGAUGUCAGCUCCGACACGGAAAUUACUGGUAGAACUUCUCCAGUUGCAGGUAGUUCAGGGUUUCUUAGGACAGGCUGGGACUCUCCAACACCAGGGCCAUCCUGGGGAAGUCUGGAAAUGUCCAAUGUUAGGUCACUACAAGACAUAGUCUCUGUCAGCUCAGAAAGCGACGAUCCGGUUUUUAGGCCAGAUUUGAACGAUUCUGAUUCAAGCUCCAAAGCUGGAAGUGACAUUGUGUUUUUAAAAUAUGACAAACCUUGGACCGAAAGAUCACCUAUACAAUUGUCUUCAGAUUCUGAACAUGGAGGGAGAAAUAAAAGGAAAAGAAAGUCCAAACAUAAAAAGAAAAAAAGAGAUCACAUAGAUACCAUUUCAAAAGUUGUUGAAAAAGAACUGAAGUCACCUACCAGGUCAAAAUCGGGAGAUAAAUCCAUUCAACAAAAAACCAGCUCAGUGGAUGAUCCCCAACCUGAGACAAGUAGGGUCUCUGGUAAGAAAAGGGGACUCUCUGUCUCAUCAGAAAAGCAGAGAAAGAAGAAAAAGAAAAAGUCCAGGGAGAGAGAAAGAGAGCUUGUUGAUCGUCUGUUUGCCGAGGCCAUGAGUCAGCAGAUUGGGACCACAACCCUACCUGAAAAUUUUGAUUUGACUGAUGGGCCAAGCUCAAGCAAAGCCAAAGAUGUGCUGCAAGAGAAAUCCGGUAGAUCGGAAAAGGGGAAACACAAGCAUAAGAAAAAAGACAAGAAUCAUAGCAGAGAUUCUCAAAGUCCAUCUAUUCUACAUGCAUAUAAAAAGCACCAUUCGGGUCACAAGAAGUCAUCAGAAGCAAUAGGCAGAAUCGCCUCAUCUGAAGGCGAAAGAAGAAAACACAAAUCCAAAUAUAACUUAAGAGGCGAUGCAGCUUCUGACCUUUCAGGUGAAGGUGAGUCUUCUGCUUGGGAGUCCCAGCCUAGCAGAAGUCAGCCUAUUCCACCUCAAAGUAUAAGUCACUCAAUGACCAGUUCUUUCCAACCCAAUUACAUUGCAAUGCCAGACACACUUCAGCACAUCCCUCUCAAUUUAUGGGUGAGUACGUGGCCAGCAAUGCCCAGUACACAUCCAUUCCCUGCUCCCCCUCCACCACCAGCCACAUUCUUACCCACUUCACGACCUCUCUCUACCGGCUUAGCCCCCUCAGCCGUGGACUCCCAUACAGUUUUAAGUGAAUCUUCCAGUAACACUGACUCGGAUGACACAGAAGAUUAUGACAAUACCAACCCUGUACCAACCAAUACAAGAACAAAACAGUGGCUUGAGGCAAAUUUUCCAGAGCAGGGCAAGUCACCAUCUAGCUCAAAGACACAUACAGGAGGUAGUAAUAUGUUGAGUUGGGAUGUUGAUACAGCUUCUUAUGCAAGAAAAUCUCAGGAACCCACUCUAGCUAUGACUAGAAACAGUGACCACCUGGACAACAUUGUAUCCAUUCCCAGUGAUGAUGAAGAUGUUGUUGUCUGUAGCAGUGUCAGCAGCACCAAGUCUGAUUCUGAUGAGGUUAAAGUCAUUGAAGUUGGUGACUUACAUGUUUCUCAUAAUUGUGUUUUUGACAUGGAUCCACUAGGAUCAUCAGGUAGUCUGUGCUUUCCAUCCUCCAAUAGCCAAGGGAGGGAGGGUCAGAGCACCAGCUCAUUUGACCAGUCACUGUUUUCCGAGGUUAAAAGCCAUGAUCCAUUAUUGUCAUUUACAAGUCAACUUCCCCCUUUACAGUCUGAGAUUACCUUCAAUGAAGAAAAAGAUGUGCUCACAGACACAAAUCCAGUAAGUAACGACAUUGUUCAGCCACCCCUGCCCAGAUCAGAUCAAGUUGCUCAGGAAGUUAACCCUCAAAAUAAAAGAUCUAUUUUUCCAGAUUUGCCAAGAAUCAACUCCACCCAUCCCACUGACGUAUCUAAUGUAUACCUCAAUGCAAACACUAGCAGUCUGUCACAAGAAACCACACCAACUGUCACUUUAUCUAAUCCACCUGACUCUAUAUUUAGCGUGAAGACAUCCCUGCAGUUACCUGCUGCCCCCAUUGGUCCAUUGCUGUCAUCAAAUUUAACAUACCUCCCCUGUCCAUCAACUUCAUUGUCUUCCAUACUCAGUCACCCUUUACCCUAUGGAAUAAGCCAGCCGCAACAGCAAGAUGGAUUGCCCAUGCAUCUGACUUUGCAUACAGUCCCGUCCUUGCUUUCCCCAUCCCCUGCCAUUUUCCCUAGAGUGUUUCAGCCCUAUUCACAGUCCCUCACGGGUUUAUCUCCAACACCAAGCACCUCAACUACAUGUGUCAACGGCAGGACCCCAUAUUUUUCUUGUGCUUCUCUAAUGGAUGUGAGCAAAGGAAAACCUUUACACAGCUUUGGUGUUGAUGGCCUUUUAAAUAAUGUUCAUGACGUUGGAAACAAAAGCCCAUCAUUAAUGGAGAACUCUGCCACCAGUGGGUCAGACAACCAUCAAAUGGACCAAACUGCAGUACAGUGUGAAAACACAAAUGUUGAGCCCCAAACUUCAGAAAGUGAAAACUUUGAAAAUACAGUAAGCGGUAAUGUAGUGACUGGAUUGGUCGAAGAAUCACCACAAGCCACCAAUGUGUUUGAGCCCUACUGUAGUCUGGAAGACUUGCCAUCUAAUACUAGUUAAAUGACUUUGUGAAUCAGCCAGUCUUCUGUUAAAUGUUUCAAGCUGAAUGCUGAGAAGGCUUCCUUAGGGACAUUCCACAUUCAUGUUUUUCGUUAUUGUUUGUAAGUACUCUUAUUAACAGCCUUCAGCUUCAGUGACCACUAUUGUCUAAAUGACACACAAAACACCUGACUUAUUUCUGUGGAGAACGUGACAACGUGGAGUAGUGGUAAAAACUAGAACUUGUUUAAAGAGUUCAUUAGUAUUUAGGACAGCACAUGACACAUCUAUCAAAGCAGAUUACUAUAUUUGCUUAAACAUAUAUUGUGUUUCCUGGAGAUGAAAGACUGGAUUUCUCGAGUGAAACAUAUUCCAUUUAAUUUUAAUAUCAC